UUAGAUUCAGCGGAGGCUGCGCUACCAUGAGGGGAGGUGUACUAAGUAAGGGGGCGCCGGCGCGGCGGUCGCCGUGCGUGUGUUGUUUAGACGCCGCUGUGCGCGCACGAGCAUGUCUCGAGACGCGCUCGUGUCGUGCGCGCUGCUGUGCGCGGUGCUGUGCGCGCUGCUGCCCGCCCGGCACGGGGCUGCCGCGGCUGAUGUCGAAGGGACCCCGUGUGUCCGCGGCCGGUUCAACGGCACGUGCGUGCUUAGCAAGCGCUGCGAGACGCUCAUCCUGGACUACAGGGAUAGAUCGUUCCCGCCGGUGUGCGGGCUGCGCGGCAAGGAGCCCAUCGUGUGCUGCACCGACUGUGAGCUCGUGGACAACAUCGAUAACAUAUACCUGACGAGGAGAUACAGCCGACUCGAAAAAACAAAUAAAAAAUCUUGGGACGCUUGUAUCGAUUACGUUCUGAACAUACCUGAGUAUUUUUGUACUAGUACCGUGACGUUUAAUUUUAACAAAGCUUGGGAUUCGGAGAAGAAAUGUCACAAAAUAAGUAUUACUGCGCAGUCACCUGUAGGCGGUGAAGACGCCAAAAGAGCGGAGUUCCCCUUCAUGGCGCUGCUGGGGUUCGGGGCGAGCGCAGAGGAGGCGCAGUGGCUGUGCGGCGGGUCGGUGCUCUCCGCGCGGUACAUCCUCACGGCGGCGCACUGCAUCUCCGAGCCACGCCUGGGACCCUUGAAGUACGCAGCUCUCGGCAUCCUGAAGCGCUCCGACCCUCCUGAGAUCUGGCAGCGGCACACCCUCGCCCAGGUCAUCCCGCACCCCGACUACGCCUCGCCCUCCAAGUACCACGACAUCGCGCUCCUCAAGACCGAGAAACAAAUAAUAUUCAACGUGAACGUAGUGCCCGCGUGUUUGUACUCCGGUGUGAACAGUAAGAGAAUUGACCCAACACGAGCCCUGGCACUGGGCUGGGGCUACUUGGGGCCGCGGGAACGCUUGGCCGAUGUUCUGCAGAAGAUACUCCCCACCCUGUGACACACCAAGCUGCUUGUCGGGGAUGAAAUACGGGGACACAAUGAAUUAUAGGACAGUGAAUGCAUCGUUAGACGACUUGUUUUGUCUGAAACUGAGCUGUCUAAGCGAUAACAGACCGAAAGAUUCGCGCAAUUUUCUUUGUUAACUAGCCUCUCAAGAAUUUUAGAAGAGGUACCCAAUAUAGAUAUAUGUUUUUAAUUAUCAGGUGUAUCCCCAAAACAUACUUUAUGUGCUGGAUAAACAGAGAAAAAUUUACAAUCUUCAAGAAAUUCUCCGCUAGACAGGCUUAAUUUGAUAAUGUAGAAUAGUGGAACUAAAAUUGCAACUUUCAAUGUCUUGAUUAAAAAUAUCAUUAAUCUUA